ACAAUUUUUGUUUUUACAGUUUGUUACUUUAAGAUGUCUGGUUUAAUAUACAAGAUCUUUUAUCCUGGCAUCGCUCCUGCGAUACAGGCUAAGUUGUUAUCUUUACCUUUACCUGACCGUCUAAAGGCUUUUAUAGUACACCCUGCUGGUCCUAUGACUAUUCAUUUCUACGCUCCUACUUUUAAAUGGGGGAUUUCUAUUGCUAAUUUAUCGGAUAUUAACCGUCCUACUGACAAGAUAUCUCUUCCUCAGCAGCUUGCUGUAAGCUGCACUGGUGUGAUUUGGUCAAGGUACAGCAUGGUAAUUAACCCUGUAAACUACAAUUUACUUGCUGUCAACGCUGCCAUGGCUCUUACUGGGUUAUAUCAGAUUAGUCGUAUUUGUCGUGACCGUUACUUGUAGACUGUGUUAUGUCCGCUGGAUCUUACUGCAUAUACUCCUGGUUACUUUAUGCUAUUGUUAACUGACAUCUGCAAGUGGAUAUGUUUGAAAAAUGCCACGUCUAUAUAGUGUUCCGACGUCGCUAUGUGCUCUAUAUGUUAAGCGUUGUGGGCACCACAGUGUGUCUUAUACGUUUUCAAUGGCACCAAUAUACUUCGCAUUUAUUAAUUUUGCCUAAAAUUAGGC